AUGACGGCCGCCACGAUUCUCUGCUGCAACUGCGGCGCCCCCAUCGACGGCACCACCGCCGCCAACGCCCUCUGCUUCGACUGCAUUAAGCUGACCGUCGACAUCUCUGCUGGUGUCCAGCGUGAGGCCACCCUCAACUUCUGCCGAGACUGCGACCGCUGGUUGCUCCCCCCCACCAGUUGGAUUGUCGCCGCCCCCGAAUCUCGCGAGCUGCUCGCGCUCUGCUUAAAGAAGCUCAAGGGCCUACACAAGGUUCGCAUCAUCGACGCCUCAUUCGUGUGGACCGAGCCGCACUCGAGACGAGUAAAGGUCAAGAUUACCAUCCAAGAUGAAGUCCAGAGCGGUGUUCUUCUGCAGCAGGCCUUCGAGGCCGUCUUCAUCGUCGCAUACCAGCAGUGCCCUGACUGCGCAAAGUCGUACACGGCCAACGUGUGGCGUGCUUCCGUCCAGGUUCGCCAAAAGGUCCUGCACAAGAGGACUUUCUUGUACCUCGAGCAGUUGAUCAUGAAGCACGGUGCGCACAGAGAUACUCUUAACAUCAAGGAGGCAAAGGACGGAAUCGACUUCUUCUUCUCGGCAAGGAAUCAGGCCGAGAAGUUUAUCGACUUCCUGAACUCAGUCGUGCCCUGUCGCGUCAAGAAGUCCCAGGAGCUGAUUUCCCAGGAUGUACACACAUCCACCAAGUCUUACAAGUUUACCUUCUCUGUUGAACUCAUUCCCAUCUGCCGUGACGACCUCGUCGCUCUGCCUAUCAAGCUGGCCAAGGCAUCCAGCAACAUCAGCCCCUUGGUCAUCUGCCACAAGAUCGGAACCGCAGUAUACCUCCUCGACCCCAACACCCUCCAGACAGCAAGCAUCCCCUCAGACAUCUACUGGCGAGCGCCGUUCACCUCUCUUGCCGACGUGAAGUCGCUGGUCGAGUUUAUCGUCAUGGACAUCGAGCCUACGGGCGUGCAAAAGGGCAAGUGGCUUCUUGCCGAGGUGCAGGUGAUGCGGGCGGCAGACUUGGGUGUCAACGACAAGACAUACUUUGCACGGACACACCUUGGUGGUCUGCUUCACGCAGGUGACUCUGUGCUGGGCUAUAUGCUUACUGGCACCAACUUCAAUAACCCAGAGUUCGACAUCAUUGAGGAUUCUCACGCCUACGGCUCGACGAUACCCGACGUCAUGAUCGUCAAGAAGCACUACCCCAACCGCAAGAGGAACCGCAACCGCAACUGGAAGCUCAAGCGCAUGGCCAAGGACGAGGGCGAGCUGCUACCCAAGAAGGCCGACCAACAACGCAUGGACGACGAGUACGAGCAGUUCCUGCGCGACGUCGAGGAGGACGACGAAUUCCGUGCCACCAUGGCCGUGUACCGCGCCCAGAAGGAGAAGAAGGCGGACCCAGAUGCCAUGUCUAUCGCCGAGACCGAAGACGAUGAUGAGGCACCAAGGGUCGACAUGGAUGAGCUGCUGGAUGACAUGGAUGAACUGCAAAUUCAGGAUUAA